GUCCACUGACACAGUCACUUCAGCCACUUCCUGUCACAGAGAGAGUGAUGAGGAAAAAGUGACAGAGGCAACGGCGACAAAUCACAAGUCGACAGAAACAAAGACAGCAUUUCUGUCUGUACACAGAGAGACAGACAGAGAGACAGAGAUGGACAAACUGAUGACAUGUGUCUUUGUGCUCUCUCUUCUCCUAGCGCCUGUUUCCUGUUUAGGAUCAGUGAAGCAGCUCUUCUCUGAACCUGUUGUCUGUUAUGUCCUGGACGGGAUUCUGAUGGUUUACUGCGUCGUCGCCACCGCGCUCUUCUUCAGAGAAAAAUUAUCCUGUGCAGAAUCUCAGUCUAUCGAGGAACAUUGCAACAUUUAUCAGGAGCUUGGGACAAAGGAGCCUGAUCCUUAUCAGGUGCUUGAACCAACAAAGACCAAGAAAAAGCCAAAGAAGAAAAAGAAAUCUGAGCCGGCCAAAGUGGAGACGGACAAUGAUCAAUACGAGACUUUGGCCCCCACCACCUAACUACCGCCUGUGCUUCCACAGUGAGGUCCAGCAGGGUCACCACUGACCUCAAUGAGGAUGACAUGGUUCAUUGAUUAAUCAAUACGUUAAUAGGCUUACAAUUAGUAUCAAAUGUAUUUUUAUUUGUCAAGUAGGCAAAAUUAUGUAUUAUUAAACACAGUUUUUCAUUUUUAGUUCACUAUUUUAUUACACUUUUCAAAUAUAAUGAUAGAAAAUGAGCCACUUAUCAAUAAAGCAUCACAUUUUGUCUGAAAAGGGAAGCUUAAAGUCAUGCUAGUGGCUCUGCAUUGACUUUGCUACAAAAAGGCUAAUGCUAACGAAGGUUUGUGUUAUCAUCUUCCAAACAAAGUUUUGUUUUGUCAGCAUAUAUGAUAUUUAAAGAUAUGUUAGACAUGUAAACAUCAAUCAGUUGUUAAAUACACAGUAUAGUAAAGACAUAAACAGAGAUAUACGUUUUGUGUUUGUCCUUUUUCUUUGCUAAUCAAAAGGCUCAAAUGAAUAGCCUUUUAGCUCAACUGCUACCGGCUAUUAAUGAAUCGGACUCGACAGUUUUGUUAUUAUAACAUUACUGACCUAGUCAAAACUGAAGUUAAGCGCAUUCCACUUCACAAAGAACUUCACCACGUGAGGUUAAACCAGUAGAACAGCGUGGAGAGAAGAACGUGAUGCUAACGGCAGCCAUCUUGAACUGUGAUUCAAAAAACUACACGUUGAGCAGAUGCUUAACUUUAAACUUCCUGCUCUUAACUGUUAAAUAUGACCUCAGACUACAACCAGCACACAAUAUUCCAUUUAUGUCAGAUAAGAAAAUAAGGAACAGAUAUACUUUACAUAUUGCACUUUACACACAUUGCAGCCACUUCCCCUCCUCAUUAUUUCUUUUUUGAUAAGGAAUAAAGUGUUUCUUUAUUGUUCAAUGUAGAAUACGUGUCAUCUUUCAAACACGGGAAAAAAAUCCUUAUUUUAUGGAACUAUUCACCAAGUGCACAGCGUUUUCGCUGAGAAGUUUUUGAGGCGAAACUAUCUCGGGCUAGCCAUUGACGGCCUAAGCGUAAACAAACAACGUAAGCAACACGUCUACAGCUUAAAAAUAACCAAUAACAGACAAAGCACAUGUCAAAACACUUGGAAAAUGGUUUAAUGAUGUUUACAACAAAAGAGAACUGUACAGUUACAGUAAAAGAUUAUCUUUAUAUGUGUAUAAAACAAAACAAAAAAAUAAAAUACAGCAGACAAAUGCAUCAAAAUCUACUAUGUAUCCUGAUUCACAUACUUAAAACUCCUACACAAUCUUUCAGUUCUAUGCCGCCAUGACUGGAGGCCUUUUUUUUUUUGUACUUUUUUCCUUUUUUAAAUGUUGUAGUCAUAUCGGAGCAGUGUCCCUCAGUGUUGUAGUCCAGAAUGGAAACCAAAGCUCUUUACGUUAGAGUCCCGGACAGUCAAAUCUUAUCAGACUGCAGAUUAAGAAUAAAAAAUAAAAAUAAAAAAAGGGAGGGAAACGGGGGACACAUUCCUUUAGAUGAACCCAAGCCUCCAACAUGAGUAGUAAAUGUUUGACAGAAUGCGUUUCUGCAGACACAUACUUAAUAUGUACAUGGUUGGCAUUUGUUUUUGUUUGUUUUUCUAGUCUUUUUGUUAAAAGCCAUGGUCACUUGGGCUAUGAACUGAUAAUCACACACAUGACACACCCAAAAAAAAAACAAAAUACAAAAAUACUAUAUAUCUUCAACCUACCAAGAAGAGUAAGACAGUUUUUGUCAGUUAGUUCCAUGCUGUGACA